AUGACUGCGAUUGGUGUUCCAAUUAAGAUUUUGCAUGAAGCUGAAGGUCAUGUUAUUACACUUGAAACGACAAUUGGCGAAGUAUAUCGUGGUAAAUUGAAUGAGGCAGAGGAUAACAUGAACUGUCAAAUGAGUGAAGUCACAGUGACUUAUCGAGAUGGAAGGACUCAUCAUUUGGACAAUGUUUUUAUUCGUGGAUCAAAGAUUCGGUUUAUGAUUUUACCAGACAUGUUGAAAAACGCACCAAUGUUUAAGAAUAUUGGUCGAGCCCAGAAAGGAGCUGUUGGUAUGGGAAUGGGAGAUAACCGUGAUGGACGUGGUCUUCGAGGACGUGGUACCGCAUUUCGGGGACGUGGUGGCCCACGUGGUAAUCAACGCGGUCCAGGUGGAAUGCCGCGGCCUCAGUUCCGAGGAUGA